GGGGAAUUCUGGUUUGUAUACUUUUUUGAUACUCGAAUGGAAGCAAUUAAACCAAAUUAUCGUUUAUUACCUCUAAUGAUUACAGUUUUGCCGAGAAAUUCUGCACAUGAAAACACAGAAAAAUAUAUCAAGUCUCUCUACUCGUACCAUUUCACAUCCAACAAUUGCUGCCGUAAUCAUUGACAUAACGCCCUGAAAGCAUCCUUUCGCCCGUAAAUCCUCCUCAUCAACGUAAUGUCUCCAUGUCAUGCCUCUACGCAAGCCCUCUCGUCGCUUCCCCGAUUACUAGUUCGGCUUAUUUGACGCAGUCGGGAAGCCUUGUCCUUGCUGCACGUUUACUGAUGAAUUCAAACGGUUUCGCUACAAAGAGCGCGACAAAUUACUGCACUCCGAACUCGCCUCUAACUCAGCGAUUUGAAUUGUUUUCUCAAGAAACCCCCUCUAUUACUUGGCGUGAAUCGCGUCGCCGAUAUACCCUAGUACUCCCUUGCUCCUACCUCACACCCACGAACGCGUUGCACUCACAAAAUGACUAAAAAUCAGGUUUUCGGGAAAAUGAAAUGUCUGAGACCUUUCAUUUUUGUUGUUGUUAGUAUCGUGAGUCAUACUCUGUUUGGCCUGUACUUGAAUCCCAGACUUUUGUCUUCUGUAAAUGUCUCCGACAAGAAUGUGUCUUCUUGGUUUCCCUUUACCUCAUUAUUUCUUUACGCACUUCAGUCUUGCUUGUUCUAUCGUUUCCGUCUCGGUUUGGAAUGGUGUGUUUUGGCGAAAUACCCGUUGUACACGUUGUUAGGCACGUACUAUUCUAUCUCAAAACACCAAAUUGCCUGGGAUGCUGCCAUUGACUGUUUUUCAGUGAUUCUCGCCCGGGCCAUGACAGGCAUGGUCUAUUUCCAACGCCCUAGACAUGUUCUCUCUCAGGGAUCCGUGCCUCUCCUGCUCACUCUGAUGGCCAGUGUGCUUUUGAGCAUCCUGUCUUAUGUUUGUCAAAAAUUAUUUGUGAACCUCUGGGUAGUUCGCAACAUCCGGCAUCAAGUGUCCACUGUAUUGACUGCUCCUCUUCCUCUUCAAUAUGUCAUACACCUUCCCAUUGCUUUCGCUGUUCAAAGAGCCGCCUCGAAGCCUCUUUCAACUUUUAAAGCCCUAUGUUUGUUCGUUGUUUUGCUUUUCUUUUCUUGCUCCGUUCCUUACUGCGACAUUUUCUGGCCCAAUGUUCUCGCUGCUCUUCAGCUGCUCACGGCGUAUAUUCUCCAUAUAGUUCUCGUCUUUAUCGCUUGUCGUGCUGUAUUAAUUUAGCUGACAUGCACUUAAAAAAAGCACCGUUACUAUAGAGAGUGCUGGUGCUCGCAAAAAUCAAAUUUACUAAUGUAACGAUAUUCCCCCCUACUGAGGUCCCUCUACUGUUUUCGUUUGGUUCAAUAUUUGGUCCUUAACAAUGACCUUUAGUUCAAAUCUUAUUCUCUAUUGCUAUCGUCUCACUUCCUUCCUCUUCCUCAUUCCCCUCCCUCUGCCUACAGCGCAAAUCA